GAGAGCGAUUUAGACUCAUCACCUAUGUAAGUUUACUUGACAUCCAGUACAGUAGGUGGCGACAAUGUUCAUAAGGAUUUAUUCGCCAUUGAACAAUAAGAAGAAAAAGUAGAGAGGAGAGGCUCUGAUCGCUCUGCGCAGCGCUGCCUCAAGUCGAACACACCUUAUUUCAGUUGGCUACUCACCUGAGACCUGCAGAUCACAAAAGGACAAACCUGAGCGUACAAGACAUUAACACAGUCAACUCCAACAAUGGAAGAAGAUCUGAGGAUUGUUCUGCUGGGUAAAACUAGAUCUGGAAAGAGUUCAUCAGGAAACACUAUACUGGGUAGAAAUGUGUUCAGAGUGAGUAACUAUGCUGGGCCUACAACCAGACAGUGUUUAAAAGAAAGAACAACGACUGGAGCAAAUGACAUCUCUGUGAUCGACACACCUGGACUGUUUCACACAGCCAUGAGUGAAAAACAUCUGAAGGCUGAGAUUGAGAAGAGUUUGCAGAUGUCUGCUCCUGGUGCUCAUGUGUUUCUGCUGGUCAUCAGACUCGGGAGAUUCACCGAGGAAGAGAAAAACACAGUCAAGUGGAUUCAGGAAGAUGUUAAGAGGUUCACCAUGCUGUUGUUCACAGGAGCUGAUCACUUAAACAAACCUUUAGAAGAAUUUCUGCAGGAAAACCACGAGCUGCAGACGUUAGUGGCUGAUUAUGAGGGAAGGUAUCAUGCCUUCAAUAACGUGGAGAACAAUGAUCAAGCUCAAGUCAAUGAACUGCUGGAGAAAAUCAAUAACUCAGUAGUUGAAAUAAAUAAAGGAUACUACACCACUGAGAUGUUCAAGAAGACUCAGAGAAAGACAUUCAUGAUAAAAUUGUUAAAGAUAAUUGGCGUUUUAACAUUAACAUAUGUAUUAUAUAAAAAAGGGAGAUUUUGGCAGAAAGUGACAUAUAUAUGUAAGCAGUCCUAUUAAAAUAUUUGUAAUUUUAAAGAAAGUAGACUACUGCAAUAUGCUGUGAAUAAUCAGCGUUCAGUGACUGUGUCCCAAAUCACACCCUACACCCUCAUUCACUAUUCCCUACAUGAGUUUACUAAUAUAGUCCACUUGACAGAGAGAAUGAAAGCAAGUGAGCGAAUUCAGACACUGAUGAACAGCUGCUGUUAAGAUUUUAUAUAU